AUGGUGAAGAUGGUCAGCCAUGGAAAACAUAUUGCAGCAAUAGUAGAACAGCUUAACAGAUUUAAUCCUGAAAAUCAGAGUGUGGAGGAUUUCUUGAAUGAAUCAGCUAAAGUGCUGCAGACUCUUAAUGUGACAGAUGAAAAUUUUGUGUUGGAAACACUAGCUGGAUGCAUAGAAUAUAAAUCCCUAUUGGAUGUAGUAGUCAAUGCCUUCUAUGUUCGGGAUGGGAAACAUUGCCUGUUCUCUGAGCGUAAUCUCUAUGUGGUUAUUUGUUAUUUGGCCACUUUUCAACUGGAAGAGCUUGGACUUCAGUACUUCAGCAGAGUUGUGAAAUCUUUGGAUACUGCAAAAAUGCAUAAGUUUCUUAGAUUCUUCUUCAAUACCUUGAAUUUGAACACAUGGAUAAAAGAUGAAUGGAGUCAUUUCUAUGAUUCUCUUUAUGUAAAAGAGAACUGGAUCGACCCAUUGCUAAGAUGGCAGCCAAAAGUACAGCAAGUAAUUGAACAGCUCACAGAUAAAUUAAAUAAUUGUACAACCACUGUCAAGACUUCAACGGUGACUCAGCCAAAGGAAUUUAAUUUGACUGUACCUAAACCUCGUGCCAUUCCUAUACCUCUGCCAAUACCAGCACUGGAAAAAAGUCAGCCUGUUCCUCCGAGCACCUACAAAACCCCAAAGGAAAAAAAGCGGCUAGAAGAAAUCAAAAUAAAGAAUCGACGAAAAGCAGAAGAUCUGCUUCUGAAAGCAAAUGUGAACCAGUUCAGGUGUGCAGCUGUGAAGCUUGAAAAGGAAAGGGAUACACCUGGCAGUAUGAAGAGUAAGCCAGCAUUCCAGGCUCAAAAGAUCCAAAGCAGGAUUGACAAUAUACCUAUUAAAUUAAAUGCGGCAGCUAUUUUAAGAGAGGGUGCCCUCUACCAGCGGAAAAUGGAACAGGAGCUCAAGAGAGUUGAAAAUCUGCUACGAGGUGCCAGAGACCCUUCCGAAUUCUUGGAGUGGCAAAAACAGAUGCGUGGAAAAGAUAUCGAAGAGCAGUUGGCUGAAAUAGAGUAUAAGAGGCUUCAAGGGAAACUAAGUCAUGAAGAGGCAGUUCUAGCCCAUCAGAAUGUAAUUCAAGAAAAUAAGAAGAAAGCUGAUCUAAUGAGAGAAGAGAAAGCAGAGCUAAUGCACCAGUAUGCAGAGAAGCGUCUACAGGAGCAGAAAGAAAUGAGAGAGCUGGUGGAGCAGGUUGUGGAAGGACACAAGAAUGCAAAGCAAGCAAAACUAAAGCUCCAGAAAUACAAACAGCAAAUAGUUCAGGAAGUUUGUGAGGAAAAUCGAGAACUUCUUCGGCAAGCUUUAGAAGAAGAGGAGGAGAAGCUUAGGAAAAGAUAUGAAUUGAUCCAACAAAUACGAGCUAUUGAAUCUUUACCAAGCCUCAGAAACAAGUUUGUUGAUUUAACUGAGACUGGUGGCCAUGGCUUAUUUUGUGAAAUGUCAAUAGUGGAACUACGUGAGCGCCUCGCUCUGCUCAGAGAAGCACAGAAGGCAGCAGAGGAAGAGAAGAGAGACCAGAUAAUUCAGGAAAAACAAGCUAAGGAACAACUUCUUCUAGACAAACUAGACCAGAUUUCCCUGUUCAGAGCAGAACUUGGACGAGCAGCUGCUUUAAAGCAAGAAGAAAAGAAAAGGAAGUCCCAGUCUGGUGAAAGGCCUGUGAAAGAUGAACGCAUUUUAAACCUGCAGCAAAAGAUUAUAGAGAAAACAAUGGAGCGUAAAAAGCAAGGAGAACUCCUAAAGAUUACUCCCCAGAAAACCAGCAUUACGUCAGCCAAGGGUUCUUUGCACCAGAACCAUUGGAAGGAACUGGAAGAGAGUCGGGAAAGGCAGUUCAAGAUCCUUCAACACGGCUUCAUGGCCAGAGAAACAGCUCAGAAAAUGGCUGCAUAUGAGGCAGCAAAAAGUGGAGCCACAGUUUGUAUACUGCGAUCUGAAGUAAAAUAAAAUUCCUUUGGGAAAAAAAGAGAUUUGCUGGAAAACUAAUCCCAGUGUGCCUCUGUACUUCAGGGUUGAAAUUUAGCCUUUGUUUCCUCUUUACGGUUUGAAUAGCAGAACUGUGUUCAUACAGGCAAAUAUGAAUCAAAAUUUGUUGAUUUCUUGUCUUUUUAUUUUAUUUUAUUCUAUAAUGACCUAUUUUUCCAGUUAGAACCAAGAUCUGUAGGAAACAGAAACC